AUGGGUGGUUGGAGUGUUGUUCUUUUGUUUUUCCUGACUGUGGGAUGUUGUUUGCAAGUUGUGGCUCUCAACUCAACAAAUGUAAUGAAUGCAACACUAACAACAAACACCAAAAUGUCUUCGGAGAUCUAUCUUGAAGCCCUAAUGAAUGCAAAAGCCCACAGAGAGAAAGUUAAUCAAUUAAAUGGAACAAUGUUUGAAUAUAUUAAUGAAGUAGAAGCUCAAUUGAAACAAGUUGAUCAUGAAAUGAAAAUAAUUAGUUUGGGAGAAACAAAUAAUAGAAACAUGUAUGCAUUUAAGCAAACUUUGCAAAGGAGGCAAUCCUUUUUCCAUUCGCUGAAGGAAACAAAGUGCAUGAACAAAAUUGCUCAAGAAAAGUGGAACAGUAUAGAACAACGAUUUGUAAAAAACCUAACAACAUUGCAAGAAGCCUUUAAAUCCCCUUAUUUUGCAAGGGAGAAAAUGAACUCUACAUCCAUACGAAAGAACAAAGUCAGCAUUUCAAGAGAAGUACGUGGAAAAUUUAUUUCUGAAAGAACAUUCAUAUGCCUUGGAGAUCAGUAUGGAAUGUACAUUGAUCUUUCAAGUGGGCAGCUUAUGUCAUUUGGAUAUGAAUAUAGUCUGACUGUUCCUCUUGGAAGACCGGGCUCACCACCAACUAUAGAACCAGCUGCUGUUAAUUUAGGACUUGUAGAUGGAGAAUUCAUCAAACAACUAGUAUGUGGAAAAGUUCAUGCAAUGGUGUUGACCAACAAACGAAUCAUUGGUUGGGGAGAAAACUCAGAUGGAAGAUUGGGCAUACCUCCUCCUUCAGGAACAAACAAAUUUAUUUCCUUACCACUUACAAUACUUUAUCAUGAUAACACUUUUGCAUACAUGAAUGCAGCAAUUAAUUCAGUAGCUAUAGAUAAUUCUGGGUACGUUUUUAUAUGGGGAAUAGGUGGCCCAAUAAUUGGAAACAAUGACAAUAUCAAUGUUGAAAAGCCAACAAGAAUGAAUUCAAAUAUUAGAAUGGAAAAAGUGUGCUUACAAGAUAAAGAUGCCUUUGGAAUUGGUUAUGAUGGUAACAUUUAUACUUGGGGAUCUGCAUCCAGUGUAUCACCAACACCAAUCUCUAGGAGCAGCUUUCCAGACUGGAUUGAAGGAGUUUUUGUAAAAGAUAUUCAAUGUGGAACUGAAACAACUGUAGCUUUGUUGUCAAAUGGAAAUAUUUAUGCUUGGGGAAGGUAUGAUCCUUGUGUUGGAACUGAUGAUGAAACAUCAUCACCCUCCCCCGUUCCAGUUAGUAGGCAGUUCAUUGGAGAUGUUAAAUUUGAAAAAAUUGGACACAGAGGUGGUCUUGUGAACGCCAUUACCACUGACAAUAGAGUGGUUUCUUGGGGAGUUAACACUAAGAAAAAGUGUCAGUGUGCAACUGGAGUACUGACAGCCAUUUGCAUUGAACAUGCUUGUGAAGAGUGGGCUCCUGCCCAUAAUGUGGAUAUCGUAUUUACUGGUGAAAAUAGGCUAUAUGAGAGUGGAAUUCUUCCAGAGAGAGCAGCAGAAAUAAGCCAAUUGUUGUCUUCAGGCACUUGUUCUGUUUCUGCUCACCCUGUAUUUGUUGGUUAUACAAUUAGCACUUGUGAAAAACCAGCAGCUUGCAUCAAGUCAGUAUCGUACGAAGUUCCUUGUUGUGGAGAUAUUAGGCAACCAAGAUUUGUACAAAUUCACGAAACAGCAUAUGAAGAUUUAUUGGAUGUUCAAAUAUCUACUGAUUCUUCUCUAGUAGUUUAUUCCUAUAAUGGGCAAAUUGGCAUUAUGGUUGGUGGUUAUUUUAAAGUGACACCUUUUCCAAGUGGGUUCAUUAAUGAGCAAAAUUACAUGGCAGGUGUAAUGAUGAUGGGAUCUUUUAAUUAUUUUCCAGUAGAAGAAAGAACUCUUCCAAUAUAUGAAGAUGAAGAGAAGAGAGUGAUAGUUAUGGAUCAUCCAAUUCCUAAUACUGGUUUUGAUUUAGUUAGUUUCACAAAAAUACCAAUUUACACUAAGUCGUUGUCAAGCUCCAACUCUAGCUCUGUCAUUUUAGCUAGUUCCUUUUAUUUUUCUAGCCCCACUUUCAAUUUUUCAAUUGACCCAAAGUUUUUUGCCAAGUCAUUCUUUAGCACUCACCAACUUGCAUUUGAUGGAUUGACUUUUUAUUUUGGGGGUAUUGUGAAUGGCACCUUUUCAAAUAGAAUUAUUUCAAAGCAAUCUUUUAACCAAGUUACAAUCUAUAAUGAAACAUUACCAUAUCCAGUUGCUAAUGGUGUACUUAAAAUGAUUGAGGAAUAUGUCUAUAUAUUUGGUGGAAUGAUUGCAAAAGGAGUACCAACAGCAAAGAUUAUGAGAGCAAAAAUUAGCAAUGUGCUGUUGUGGGAAGUUGUGAACCAAGUUUUACCAAGAUCGGUUUACAAUGUAUUUAUUGAGAUAAUUGAUAAAACUAUGUACUUCUUUGGAGGAAGAGUGAACAGAGUUCAAUCUGUGGGUGAUAUACAUGUAGCAUCACUCGCAGACUGGAAAUGGAAGAAUUUAUAUGAAGUUCUUCCAUACAGCAGAGUGGAAGCUAAAAUUUCAAGUGAUAACGAUAAUUAUUUCAUCUGGGGAGGAAAGGAUUAUGAAGGAAAUUCAACUAAUGUAUUAGCUUGUUUUAAAAAUGAUCCUUCAAAAUGGAUAGUUAUUGAUUUAAAGUUACCGCUUGUUGGUUACAUUGUAUCAGUAAUUACAGCAGCUGCAAAUUCAACUUCAUCCAUUAUCACAACAGUGGAAGGAUUACACUCUCAUAUAUCAACUAUUGUAAUUUCCCAAAAUUAA